UCUCAUUCUGAGAUUCCUGGAGGCAGGAUGGCCAUUUCUGACUGAGGUAGAGCCUGUGACUCCUAUUGGACAUCAGUGCACCCUGAAUACUGGACCAAGCGCCAUGUCUGGGAAUGGCUCCAGUUCUGCUGUGACCAAUACAAACUUGACGCCAACUGCAUCUCCUUCUGCCACUUCAACGUCAGCGGCCUGCAGCUGUGCAGCAUGACGCAGGAGGAGUUCAUUGAGGCGGCCGGCAUCUGUGGGGAGUACCUGUACUUCAUCCUCCAGAACAUUCGCUCGCAAGGUUAUUCCUUCUUCAAUGAUGCUGAAGAGACGAAGACUGCCAUCAAAGACUAUGCUGAUUCCAGUUGCUUGAAAACAAGUGGCAUCAAGAGUCAAGACUGUCACAGCCGAACAAGCCUCCAAAGCUCUCACCUGUGGGAAUUUGUCCGAGACUUGCUUCUGUCUCCUGAAGAAAACUGUGGCAUCCUGGAAUGGGAAGACAGGGAGCAGGGCAUUUUCCGAGUGGUUAAAUCAGAAGCCCUGGCCAAGAUGUGGGGACAAAGGAAGAAAAACGACAGGAUGACCUAUGAAAAGUUGAGCAGAGCCCUAAGAUACUACUAUAAAACGGGAAUUUUGGAGCGAGUUGACCGGAGGUUAGUGUACAAAUUUGGAAAGAACGCACAUGGGUGGCAGGAAGACAAGCUAUGAUCUGCGCGCACACCAAGCUUGUUUGAUGGAUUU